GUGUACAUGUGCAGUAAUUUACAGACGAAGCGCGUCUUAUAACGUUCAUCGUUUUUUGAUAAAAAGACCGACCGAACGUUUUCAAUCUGACACCCUUCUUCCUCAAAAAUUUUUUCUCUCAAAAGAAACCCCGUUUUUGCAGAAUGGCGCUAAAAAAAAAAAUAACGUGGCAACAAGGAUCUUCUCGAUUUGACCUGGGUGAUACCCGAUUUUAUGAAAAAGAAUUUCCAGAAAAAGGCGACAUAGUCAUUGUGAAAGUGAAGCGGGUUGCGGAAAUGGGUGCUUACGUUUCCUUGUUGGAGUACAGCGGUUUAGAAGGAAUGAUUUUGAUGUCAGAGCUUUCGAAAAGACGUAUACGAUCUGUUAAAAAAAUUGUUCGAGUUGGUCGUCACGAAGUUGUUCUUGUUUUACGUGUUGAUAAAGAAAAAGGAUAUAUUGAUUUGUCUAAAAAAAGAGUUGCCCCUGAGGAAAUACGUCGAUGUGAAGAACGCUUUUCAAAAAGCAAAAGGGUUCAUCAAAUCAUAUGUCAUGUAGCUCAAAAACAUCAUAUGCGUGCUGACGAUCUUAAUAAAAUUAUUACAUGGCCCCUUCAAAAGACAUAUGGCCACGCUCUGAAUGCUUUUAAGAAUCCGGAAUUCCUUACGACAAUCAUUCAUACAUUUGAUCUUUCAGAUGAAGUCAAAGAGUCACUUCUUGCUGAUAUUAAAUUACGAUUAGCUUCACAUACUAUGAAAAUGCGAGCCCGUGUUGACGUAUGGUGUUAUGGUCCGGAUGGAGUUGAGGCUGUUCGUGCUGCUUUGCUAAAAGCUAAAGAAGUGAUCUCUGCUGGUUAUGAAUCGGCGAAUGUUAAAAUUAAACUAAAAGCACCACCACAAUAUACCAUCAUAACAGAGUGUAUAGAUAAAGCAGACGGCGAGAAUCGUUUAAAUGCUGGUAUUCAAAGCAUGAUAGAGACAAUAUCUCAGUACCGAGGAGGUGACGGAAAACAACAAGGCGAAUUUUUAAUUAUUGGAGGUGAUGACGAUAAGCUUCUGGAAGGGACAGACGAUGAGAAUAAGAGCGACGACACUUCGUAUGAUGAUUCUGAGAGUGACUCGGAUGAUGAUGAAGAAGAAGAAGAGGAAGAAGAAGAAGAAGAAGAUCAAGGGAUGGGUCUCAUCGAAGAUGUUGAGGCUUUACCCGAAGGUCCCCAAGAUGAUAACGACAGUGACAGUGUGGAAAGUAAUGAAAGCUCUUCAAAAAACCGAAACCCAUCAACAGUUUUUGUGAAAAAAUGUGACGCAGAAGCAUAGCAAUCGACCACACAAAAAACAUUAAGUUAUUGGUGUGUAUUGCAUGAUUUUCAAAACAUAGCAAGGCUAAAAUUGUAAUGUAGUACAAUUUUGAUGUAGUCACUUUUUUAGCUUAUAAAAACCUGUGAAUGUACACAAUUUUUUUUUGUUGAA